GAUUGUGGAAAAGCAACCGCCGAGUCAGUCGUAUCUGUGGAGUCGUGGUGGAUUGUUAGAGGAAGCAUAGCCAGCAGCAGCAUAUUGUUGCCCCCGAGAUUCGCAAUUGAUUCCUUCGGCGUGAAAAAAACGCGCAGCAGUGUAUUUUUUUUUCCUCGAGAAUUUUCAUUUCUUUUCCACUACCAAAGAGUGAUUGAGGCGAGAAAUAUAUUUUCAUUCAACUAUUUGGUGGAGUAAAUUGUAUAAACAUACGUAUAAAGCCCCAGUGCGUGGUGGGUGCUCUUUGAAGAUGCGAUUUUUAUGCGUGGAAAAGGGCAAAUAAUCCACACAAAAAAAAACUUCUAUUGCUCGCAAAGGAGAAAAAAAAAUUCACGACGCAAGGCAUCCCAGAUGGAAUGAAAUUAAUUGCUCCCACCACAAUUACAUUGUUUUUCACAUUGUGAGCACAUGGACAUUCACUAUGAGAAUUGUUCCUGGCAAGAAUCCUUCUAUUCUCACCCUAAUUGGCAUCUAUCUCCUUGCAUUGGUGCCCCCAAUAAAGGCGGAAAGCAGAAAUUCACGCAUAAAAUCAGAACCUGAUCAAUUGAAACACAUUCAACUAGUGCAGGGAAGUGAAGUGACACUGAGAUGUGGAAUAAGGAAUGAACAUUCGGAUUAUAUGGUCCCAUCGGAGAUUGAAUGGUUUUUUAAGGCAUGUGGCAAUGCUCCCAACAAGACAUCGUGCAAAUCCGAAUCAGAUAAAUCAUGGACAAGGUUAUCAUGCGAUGGUGCUCCCUGUCAACCUACGUUGGUGAUUAAAAAUCCCACAGAAGCCAAUUCCGGGCUCUACCGAUGCAGCAUGAACCCGUACCGGCCAGACAAUCGUACCGUGCUCGGGAUUCACGUGGUCAAUACGUACCAAUUGGAUGUGAUGUCGGCCGAUAUGGCGGAUUCUCCGCCGGAAUUUAUUGGGCAUGGAGCAAAUGUAUCCAUACCGCUGGAUGGGACAGCAGUGCUGCAGUGUAAGGUCUUCAGUAGGAUACCACCGUCAAUACGAUGGUUCCGUAGGCAGGAUAACAGCAGCAACUACCCAUCCUUCACGGGUGACAGCUACACGCAUGUCAUCCAGUACUUAGAGAGCACCUUCGAGAGUGUUCAGUCGGCUGGGCAGAAGCUCGUGGGACGUGAUACGUACUUAAGUAAGUUCAUUAUAAAUAACGUCGCAGAGGAGGAUAGUGGGAUCUAUGUGUGUGUCAGCAUGAACUACAACGGCUACCGCAUUCAGGAGACACUGCUACAUGUAAUUGGUCCCGAGAGGAAGCAUGUGAGGAAUCAAUUUUUCCUCCUCUUCCUCAUUCCCAUUCUCUUUGCCAUCAUCCCCGUGUCCAUGUGGCUGUGCUUCCAGCUCAGCCGGAAGCGACAGAGGAUGCAAAUGAAGAAUGCUAGUCAAAUUGCUCUGCCCGCAGAGACGGAUGCAAAUAUACCAUUGAGAAAUAAUACAACAAUCCUCAUUACGAACAACUACGACAACCGAAGGUAUACAACGCUCAAUAAUAAAUCCUACUGGUACUACCUCUAAAUCCUCUAAACUAAAGAAAAAAAAGGUCAUGUGAUAUACUAAAUAAUUAUGUAAAUAAAUAAUUUUUUGUUAAUAUUUUUUGUUGAAUAAAAAGAAUAAAAAAAAUUAAAUUGA